AUGAAUCGGGAAGAGCUUUACUACUCACCCAGCCACCUUUACAAGGACUCCUGCGCCUAUCAGAGGCCACAGAAUGAGGACUACAGCCCAAGCCCACCACCAUGCCUCUAUAUGGCCAGACAGACUCAAUCAGUCUACACGUCGCCUUCCUUGGCCGCCCAAGACCAGCACAACCACCUUACCGACAUUACCUCCUUCAUACCCAGCCGAGAAGACCUGGCAGUGCAGCAGCUGCACCACACACAAGCCCAGCAGGUCCCACUACAAGCUUUCACAGGUUACGGAGACUCUUUGGAUCUGUGUGGGGAUCGGAACAGAUGCCAUCUGCCUUUCCCUUGGAUGAAAUCAACAAAAUCUCAUGCACAUGCCUGGAAGGGACAGUGGACAGGUCAUUACGCGCCGGAGCCCGAGGAAAACAAGCGCACGCGCACCGCCUACACGCGCGCGCAGCUGCUCGAGCUGGAGAAGGAGUUCCUCUUUAAUAAAUACAUCUCGCGCCCGCGGCGGGUCGAGCUCGCGCUCACGCUCAGCCUGACCGAGCGCCACAUCAAGAUCUGGUUCCAGAACCGGCGCAUGAAGUGGAAGAAAGAGGAGGAUAAGAGGAGAGCCCGGGGUUCGGAUCCUGAACAGGACUCCUCGGUUACCUCAGGAGAUCACCGGGACGAGGGGUGUGAAACAGCACGGGGGACUCAUCCUGCAUCCGCUUCACCCCUCCACCAUCACCCCUCACCCGCUUCACCCCUCCAACAGAACUUAGCACCGACUCCACCGCUGGAGCAUCACUUAGCACCGGCUUCACCCCUCCAUCAUCAUCAUCAUCAUCAUCAUCAUCAUCCUCACCCUGCACCCGUCACCCCGCUGCACCAUCACCCGGCACUUUUAGAUUCACGAGACCCCGCAUAA